GUGAGAAGGAGGUAGACGGAGAAGCAGCGCAGAGAGACACGGUGCCUGCUCAGGAAGCUCUCCCAGCCUCCGGGAGGGUGAAGAAUAUGGACAAGGCGGAGAGAGAAUGAGCCGGAGAUCAGCAGCGGUAGCAGAGCAGCGGCGGCCAAGAUGAAUCAUAGCAGCAACUCGGGAUCUUGCCGCUUCGCCGAUUACUUCGUGGUGGCCGGGAUCGACACUGACAGUGGACUGGAGCCCGAUGAACUCUCCGCGUUAUGCCAGUGGCUAGAAGCAGAGCGAUAUAGCAGGACACAAGAUACUCCAUGUCCAAACAAAGCUUCAGGAGAAAACUUUGAUCAGAGCCCAUUGAGGAGAACGUUCAAGUCCAAAGUUUUAGCUCACUAUCCCCAGAAUGUCGAGUACAACCCUUUCGACCAAGAUGCAGUCAAUAUGGGACUAUACUUCGCCAAAUACCUUGUUGGUUACAAAUUACUUUGCGUCAUCCUGAGGUUGUGA